GUCUCACUGGUCCGAAGUAAAAGUCGGUUUCCACGAUUACUGUUGUACUCAAUAACUUCGUUUCCCAUGAAAAGACUACGCCAGUUACGUAUUAUUAAAUGCACUCUGGGAUCGUAGUUUUUCCAAUCGCUCCCCACUUCGAUUCAGAUUACAGUGAACCAAACGAUGGCAAGCACUGAAACAACAGCACGAGGGAGCGCUGAAAAGAGCAAUGAUAAUCCAAAGGUGGCUUCAUAUUUGGAUCCCGAAAAGUCAAAAGGAGCAGAAUUCGUCUGGACUCUGCAAGCCACCUGGCAGUUGGUCCGCACUCGAUUGGCUAUGGACUCCGAAUUUGACCAGCCAGUCUGUAAGAAGAAGAAACUCUGGGAGACAGUGGCUGACAGGGUGACGGCUAACCUCAGGUCCGCCGGGAAUGAAGACGUUACCGUCAAGGCCUACGAAUGCGAUUUAAAAUGGAGAAACAUGCUGGCGACUUACAGGAAGAACGCAGAGAGAGCCAAGAGGCUGGGGUCUCAAAGCGUACACUGGGAGUUUUUCCAGACCAUGCACAACGUUCUGGGGAAAAGCCGAGAGGACCUAGCAGCACAGAAGAAAUUGAACGGAAGUAAACUGAGCAGGGCUUUACCGGCUAAAAAAUUCACCCCAAUCCUUCCGACGCCGACUUUACCUUCUGCCCCCUAUUCGUCUCGGCCUCCACAGGACGUGUUACAAUUGUACCUGGAGCUGCAAGAGAGGAAGAUGAAUCUCUGGGCACAGCAAAAAGCUUUAGAGGAGAGGAAGAUCGACGCUAUCAAUAACCUGGCUAGAGCCAUCUCUAACCUGGCUGAAGAGAACCACUCCCAGUUAGCAAACGAGAGCAGUGGAUAGAUUGAGAUAACGUGGUGUGUCCCUUUGUAAAUAUGUGUCUUUUGAGCAGGAACUCAAUGAAGAGCACACUGUAUUUUUUCUUUAUUUCUUUUAAUAAAAUAUAAAAAUAG